AUGAUAAAAGAAGAUCUUAAAGAGGGAAGAGCAGCAGUAAUGGUCGAAGCUGUAGAAGCUCGGAAAAGCAUUCGCAAAGCCCACCGAAUCUUCGCCAACUGCAAAACCGAAAUUAUUGCACUUCGACUCCCAGAUGGAACAGUUAUAACUUCCAUAAAGACGAUGGAGCAAAUGAUUCAUGGUCACUACUGGAACCUCUACAAUAGCCACGUUCUCUUGCUUUCGUAUAAAAUAAAGGAGAAUGAACAUGUCGUUCCACCUGUUCUUACUUCCGAAAUCCGACAAGCUAUUUCGUCGGUGAAGAAUCGAACAACACCAGGUCCCGGACCGAAUAACAUCCGAAUGCAUGAAGAACUCUUCGCAAGCUCUCAUAAACACACCGCUUCAGCUCUUCACGCGGUACCUGUCUGGAUGCAAGAACCCUACUCAGUGGAAGACCAGCAAGACCGUGUUAUUGUUCAAGAAGGCUGA